AUGAGGCCAAAGAUGAAUAGUGCAGAGACUAGUGGUUUCUUGGGAAGCAUUUCUUCUUCCUCCUUCAGAAACCUUCUUCCCAGAUCAAUCUCUUCUUCCAAUCGCAAACCCACUUCUUGUUCUUCAAACCCUAAAUCCCCAAAUCCUGACCUUGAAAACACUCCCCCUGCCCAUCCAAACAUACCCAUUGGCCAUCUCCACCAAUCAAAGCCCAACACCCCAUGUUCUCAUAACAACCCACAUGUGAAGGUUGUGGUGAGAAUUAGACCCGAAAAUAGCAAUGGACAAGAGGGAGAUUGGAAAGUUAAGAAAGUUUCUUCUGAUACCUUGUGUGUUGGGGGUAGGAAGUUCACGUUUGAUGAAGUUUUUGAUACGAACUCCAAUCAGGAAGAUGUUUUUCAGUCAGUGGGUGUUCCCUUGGUUAGAAGUGCUUUAGCUGGUUACAACACUUCCAUUCUGUCAUAUGGCCAGUCUGGAAGUGGAAAGUCUUAUACAAUGUGGGGUCCCCCAAGUGCCAUGGUUGAGGAGGAGGAGCCCUUGUGUUCUAGUCUCCAGGGAAUUGUUCCUCGAAUCUUCAGAAUGUUAUUUUCUGAGCUUGAGAGAGAGAGACUUACGUCUGAUUGGAAACAAUUCAACUAUCAAUGUCGUUGUUCUUUUCUUGAGAUAUGCAAUGAACAAAUUGGGAAUUUACUCAAUCCAAUCCAGAAGAACCUUGAGAUGAAGGAUGAUUCCAAAAAUGCCUUGUAUAUUGAGAAUCUGAUUGAGGAAUAUGUGACUAGCUACAAUGAUGUGGCACAAAUUCUGAUUAAGAUCUGUUUAUAUGUACUGCAGGGCCUUUUGAGGAGAAAAACUGGAGCAAUGAGCUUAAAUUCAAAUAGCUCCAGAUCACAUAUCAUUUUCACAUUUGUCAUUGAGUCUUCAUGUAAGGGGAGCACAAAGGGUUUCAGUAGUUCCAAAACUAGCAGAAUCAGCUUUAUUGAUCUUGCUGGACUGGACAGGGAUAAAGUUGAUGAUGGAGAUAGCAAAUGUCUAAAGGAAAGCAGACAUGUAGAAAAAUCAUUAUCUCAGCUGGAGCAUUUAGUGGAUGCUCUGACUAAUAAAUCUCAGUCUGGAAAAGAUGAAGACUUUCCAUACAGUAACUCCUGUUUAACACGCUUACUACAAGAAUCACUUGGUGGAAAUGCCAAACUCUCAGUAAUAUGUUCCAUUUCCCCUGAUAACAAGAGUAAUGAUGAAACACUUUGCCCACUCAGAUUUGCAGAGAAAGUAAGAUCCAUCAGAAAUGAGCCAGUUAUCAAUGUAAUAGAGGAGGCUGACAUUGAUCUGAGUAAUAAAAUUCGGCACUUGAAGGAAGAACUUAUUAGAGCAAAGGAUGGAGUUCAUAGCUCAGAUAUGAGUGAAGAUGGAUGCUUACAUGAUGUGCGGGAAAGUCUGAAUCAGUUAAGAGUCAGCUUAAAUCGCUCUCUUCUCCUAUCUAACAUAGAUAAUGAUACUGAUGAGCAAGUAAAUGUCAAUGAGGAUGACAUAAGGCAAUUACGCCAGCAAAUUGAUGAAUUGAAUAGUUCAUAUGAAGGGAAUCCAAAGGACAUAUCUAUCAAUGAAGAUUGUGUUCAAUUUUAUUCUGUCGAGGAAAAUUAUCAUGGAGACAUGACUAGUGGUGAUGAAAUUGAAAAAUCAGAGGUAUGCUGUGGAAAAACAAUGAGUAACCCCUCAAGGGCAAUUAAAUCUACAUUCAGAGACAGCAUUGCAGUCAGUUCAUGUAGUCAAUCUCCAGUACUUGAUGGACCACAGUUGUCCGAGUCUCCAAAAUUCAGCAAAACAAGGAAAAGCAUGGCAAUUUCAUCGAGUUAUCUUGGAAGUUGGAACAAUGUGGCAGAGAGUUCAACUUUCACUAAAAAUGCAUUAGGAAAACCAGUUAAAGGGGGUGAGAAUAUGCAAUCCUCAUUACAGUCUAGCAAGGCUGAAUCCUUGGCAGCAAGCCUUCAGAAGGGACUACAGAUUAUUGACUAUCACCAGCAGACUUCAGCAUUGAACAAGUCUUCGACCUCCUUCUCCUUUGAGCGCUUAACUUUGACACCAUGUUCAGAAAUUGACAAGGCUGAAUCUUAUGAUCAAACAAUACAACAAAAACCUUCCAGUGAAGAAGUAACUGCUACUUUCCUUUGUGCAUCUUGCCGGACCAAAAUAUCUAAUAAGGAUUCCACUGAGCAUUUGGAGAAUGUAAUGGCAAAAAGUAUCAUGAAUGAGAAGGAGCUUGAGAAUGUCUGUAAGGAGCAAGCAGCUAAAAUUGAGCAACUAAAUCAGUUGGUGGAGAAAUUGAAAGGAGAGAAAGAACUAAAUUCCAUUGCAUUUUAUGGUCAGCGUGAAGAAUAUAACUCAAUAAAAGAUGAAGGCAAGCUUCUGAGGGGAACUUCCUCAGAUGGUCAUUUACCAUGUAUUAGAGAGGAAAAAUGUGAAAUUAAAGAAGUUCAGGAAGAGUCGGCCCAAGGAGAUGUCUCCUUUGAUUCAACUGAGAAGGAAUUGCUUCUUAAGGAAAUUCAGAAUCUAAGGAGCAAGCUGCAAUUAUACAGUGAUGCACCUGUCAAAAAGUCUACAGACAAACUUAGAUCUUCUUUGUUGUCAAGAUCCAUACAGCUGCAAAAAAGUGGUGUAUUUUCUCAGGACAGUGGCAAUGAAGAGCUAGAGAAUGAAAGAGAGAGAUGGACAGAAAUGGAAAGUGAGUGGAUUUGCCUUACUGAUGAACUUAGAGCUGAUCUUGAGUCCUACCGCCAGCGUGCAGAGAGGUUGGAGAUGGAACUGAAGUCAGAGAAGAAGUCCACAGCAGAGAUGGAUGAUGCACUGAAGAGAGCAGUUAUGGGACAUGCUAGAAUGGUAGAACACUAUGCUGAUCUACAAGAAAAGUACAAUGACCUGGUUGCUAAACAUGAUGCUAUAAUGGAAGGGAUAGCAGAGGUGAAGAAGGCAGCGGCAAAGGCCUCAAAAAAAGGUCAUGCCCGUUUUGCCAAAUCUCUUUCUGCUGAGCUUUCUGCAUUGAGGGUGGAAAGAGAAAGGGAAUCAAAAUUAUUGAAAAAAGAGAACCAGAGCUUGAAGAUUCAACUUCGAGAUACUGCUGAAGCUGUUCAGGCUGCUGGAGAAUUACUGGUUAGACUAAGAGAAGCUGAACAUGCAGCAGCUGUUGCAGAGGAGAACUUUACCAAUUUGCAACAAGAUAAUGAAAAUUUAAAGAUGCAAAUUGAGAAGCUGAAAAGAAAACACAAGACAGAAAUCAAUACCAUGAAGCAGUACAUUACAGAGAGCAAAUUACCAGAAUCUGCACUGCAACCACUUUAUAGAGAGGAUUCUGAUGUGGUACACAAUGCAGCUUCAUCCUUUAUGUAUGAUGAUCAGGCAUGGAGAGCAGAAUUUGGAGCAAUAUACCAGGAGCAUUACUAA